AUGUCUACCAAGAGGAAACUCCCGCAGAAAAUUGCUCAGCCGAAGGUGAAUCAGAGUGCGAAACCCGCGGGGAAGGAGAGGCUUGACGAUUCAAGAACGGUCGUGUCUGGUGGGGGAAAUGCCCUGAAAGCCCGCACGAAUGGCGCCCAGGAUGUAGUCGAGAUAUCUAGCGACUCGAGCGACGAGGAGGACGAGGACGAGGACGAGGACGAAGGUGAUUCUGCAGAUGAGAGCAGCGACGAAAAGGCAAUGAAGACGAUACAAGGAAACGAUGUGGUAAUGAACGACGCCGACGUCCCAGUUCCCGAGGAGCCGGAAGAAACCGCCGAACCCAGUUUUGGAGAGCUUGUGAGGGCGAAUGCAUUGGAACCCAUCGAUGUUGCCGGCGCAUUCGAAGAGCCUGGCGUGGUCGCGUACUCGAAAAAUUCUCAGAUACAACCUCCGUCGGGCACAUCUUUAGGGACUGUUCUGACACAGUCCCUACGGACAAAUGACACCUCUCUCCUAGAAACAUGUCUCCAGACCCCAGAUGUUCAGAUCGUGCGCGCGACAAUUCAGCGCUUAGAGUCACCUCUGGCCGGUAUACUGCUACAGAAACUCGCCGAGAGACUACACAGACGGCCGGGUAGAUCAGGCGAAUUGAUGGUAUGGGUUCAAUGGACGCUGGUCACCCACGGUGGAUAUCUUGCGACACAAUCAGACUUGGUGAAGAAGCUUUCGGAACUAAACAAGGUCAUUGAUGAAAGGGCUAGGGGGUUACAACCUCUGCUAUCGUUGAAAGGUAAAUUGGACAUGUUGGAAGCUCAGAUCGAAUUACGGAAGAGCAUGCAAAAUCAACGAACACGAAUGGACGAAGACGAAAACGACGAAGCGGUCAUUUACGUAGAAGGGCAAGAGAGUGAAGACGACGAUAGCGAUGUUAAGUCGCAGAAGGUUCUCAGGAAUGGAGGACUCAAGGAAUUUGCAGAUGAUGACAGCGAAAUUUCAGAAGACAUGCCUACCACCAAUGGAGUUAUUGCAGAUUCGGAUGACAACGAGAGUUCCGAUGAUGACAAUCUCUUAGACGACGAGGCAGAGGAGACAGACAACGAUUCUGGAGACGAAGACGAAGUAGAUCACGAAGAUUAUGACUCUGAAGCUGAAGAGAGCGAUGAUGGAGACGCUGCACCUCCUUCAAAAUUGCAACGAGUGCGGAAAUAA